GUUGAGUUGAGUUGUAUGUCGUAUUGUUCAGUCGGUUUGGUUGUUGGUAAUACCGCGGCCCGAGUGUAUUAAGCGUAUUUGUAUUAAACAACUGUUUGAAAAUAAUCAGUUGUAGUUAAACCGUAGCGCCGAACGGUCUAACAAUUUCUGAAGCAAAUUUAUUUUUCUCUGUUCAAGAAACCACAAAAUAAAUAAAGAAAAUCAAAUCUUUUAAAAGAAAAUUUUACACAAACACACUAACAACUAAAGAAAAACGUUUUUCUUGUUCAUGUGAGAGUUGGUGGUAGCAGGCAGAAAGAUUUUUUUUUUGUUUUUUUUAACAAAAUUUUUAUGGUGGCAUUGUUUUGUUUGUGUGUUUUUUUGCCGCUGGUUUAUAGUUUGUUUUUUAUUUUAUUUUUUUAAAUAAAUUUUUUGUCAAUUAAUUUAAGCCGGAAUUUGGUACGUGUGCGUUUGCAUUUGUGUGUGAGUUUAUGGCAAUAAACGGGCCAACAAAUAAUUUUGUGGUUGAAAAGAAUGUUUAGAAAAGAAAAAUUAAAAGAGAAUCGCUAAGAAAAGGUUGUAUUUUAAUGAUAAAUUUAAAUAUUUUAUAGCAAUUUAAAGAAAUAAUAAAAAAAAAUAAAUACAAAUAAUCAAACAACUAAAAAGAAAUACCAGAUUAUGACGUUAGAAAACAAAGUUUUUAGUUGAAAAUAAAAAAAAAGAAAUUAUAAUUGCCAAUCACUUAAUGUGCAAAGAAUUUAAUACAAAAUAAUAAAUAAAAUUUCGUUUAUAAAGCUAAAUUUAAUUUUGCCGCGUUUUUUCUAUAAUAUUUUCAUACAGAAAUUUUAAUUAAAAAAAGAAAAUAGUUGUAAAGAGUGAAUUAUUUCAAGUGAAAAAUGUUUUUCAUGUCCACCCGGGCGUAUGAGUGUUAAGGAAUUAAAGCUCGCGCACUCUUAUUCAAUUUACUGUUUACUAAACCCCUUAAUCACACAAACGGCCAAACGAUAUUUGGAAACAUUUGAGAAAUAUCGCACAUAAAUUUGCCUUGGAUAUUUUGGUACAUUAUAAAAAAAAGCAAAAAAGUACAUUGAACGAAUAAUUGAGAGCUACCUACAAAUAGUACAUUCCAGCACAGGUGGUGUGUGUGUGUCAGUAGACACUACAACAGGUGGUUCAACAAAAACUAAAUGGACAAAAGAUGGAUAAAAUGAAAUAAAAUAGUUUUUUCUUGUUGUUAUUAUUUAUAUAGCGGUGUGUGUGAGUAUCUGAGAGUUGAGCUCUAUUAAAAAGAAAAUAGUACAAGAAGAAAACAAAACAAAAACAAACAAACACAGUUAAAAGCAGAAAAAGAAAGGUGGCAGGCAGAAGGCAGGCAGGCAUUUAAGGCAGCCGAGACAGAAGCAGGUCUAUGCAUGUUUAUUUGUGUGUGUGUCUGUGUAAACAAAAACAAAAAACACCGAUCUAGGGAAUACGAACGAACAAAGAUGAACAGCAGCAAAAACAAUAACAACAACAACACAAUUCUGCUACCGAGAGAAGUUUGGGCAAAAAAAUCAAAUGAAUUUUAAACUCUAGUUUACAAAAAAAAAUAUUUAAUCUAACAAGAGAUUUCAAAAUAACAACAACAGAGAACAACAGAGCGGAUAAAAAUCAUGAAAAUCGUAAAUGUUAAACUCUGAGAAAUUUUCGUCUGAAAAUCAAUAAAUCGUUAACAAAAGAGAAUAUUUAAUAAUUUUGUUCGUGAGAAAAAACCUCUUAAACAAACACUUAAGAGUUACUCGUUUCGAAAUUGAUAAAUUUAUUAAGACAAAAUAAAAAAAUAACAAAGUGUGCUGCUGGAUUUUGGAAGCCAAAGAAAGUGUUAAUUGUUUAAAUUAAAUAAAAAUAUCGCACCAAAGCGUUUUAAUAAAUAAUAAAGUAUAAAAUAAUAAAUAAAUACAAACAAACCAAAAAAAAAUAAAAAAUGUUUUUAUUUAAAGAUCAAUGAUCAGCAUUUAUUUAUUUAAAAUCGAUCAUUUAGCAAAACAACAAUAAAAUAUUUAAAUUUUUCGUUAAAAAAAAAAUUAAGCGCGUGCUAUAAAUUAAACAAAAAAUUAAAUAAAUAAGAAAAACAGAAUAAAAAAAUACCUAUAUAAAAAGAAGAGAUCAGUGACAUUUGAAAUGUAGAAUAUAGCAAAAAUCAAAUAAAACAGCUUGUAGUGGCGUAAGUAGCAACAAUUAAUUCAAUGUGCAACAUACAAUUGAGAAAAUACCCACCUGCUCUAAACAGCCAACCAAUACAAACACAAACAGCAACAAUAAAAUUAGAAAACAAAUUGUUUUAGUGCAAAACCAAAAAAAAAAUCUGAAAAAAAAUUUAAACGUUUAAAAGAUUUAAACAAAAACUCAAAUCAAAUGACAGCUUCUUUCAACAUUAACAACAAAAACCACUACAACAAUAAGAAAUAAUGUCUCAGCAUUGAAAUUUUUUAAUAGAUCAAUCAAAUUCCUACUAAAAAGUGAAAAAAAUAUCUACAAAAUAAAUUUGUUUAAAUCAUUUACAAAAUGAAUCAUUUCGUUUAAAAUCCUAUAAAAAAUAGCAUACAAAUGUUUAAAUUUUUAAAAAGUGAAUAAUUGUUAAAUACCUAUUUAUUUUUCUAAAAAAAAGUUAAAUUUUGUGCAAAAUGUGGCUGGUUUUUAAACAAAAAACAUUUUUCUAAAAACGGAAAAGGCUAAAGUUAAACGGAUAACGGAAACGGAACUUGAUAAAGAGGCAAAACCAAUAGACGAAGUGGUGAAAUUGGCAAAAGGAGAAAAAAAAAAGAAAUUGGUGGCAGCCACAACAACAGCAGCAGCAACAAUAAUAAUAAAUUGAAAAAGUAAAAUGUUUACCUUGGAAAAUUAUAAAAAUUCAAAAAGACGACGGAAUAGCAAACAGCAGGGUGAGAGUAAUGAAUUACAGGCAACAGCAACAGAGGCUACAUUAGCAGCUGCUGUUUUAAGAAAAGUGCCAACAACAUUAUCAUUAUCACAAACAGAAACAACAACAAAAACAUUGUCUAUAACACAAAAAGACCACAGACAUCAUUCAACAGCAACAUCUAGAAAAUCCAUGAAAAGUAUUAAAAAUCUCUCUAUGCCUUGUAAAAGUUUUCCCUCAUCAUCAUCGUCGUCAUCAUUAUCCUCGUGGUCGUCUUCAUUAUUGUGGCCGUUGUCUUGUUCCUCCACAAUUAUUUCUGGUAAAAUAAUAUCAAGGAAUUUAUGGAGAACCACAAGAAAAACACCAACUCUAGACACACAAUCAGCAACAUCACGAACAAUAACUGCGACAUCAUUAUGGCCACAUGCUGCAAGUAUUACAAGGAGACGAAAUAAUUGUGGUGCUGAUUAUUGUGAUGAUUGUGGUGUUGGUGGUGAUGGCGAAGCUGUUGAUCGACGAUGUCAAAGUCUUAGACGACACAGUCAUAGACGGCAUUUUUUAUUGACUUUGAUGCUGUUACUAGUUGUCUGCAUUGUCAACACUUCAUCAGUAAAGGCUGCUGACAGUUUAACUGGUAUUUUGCAAUCGUGUGCCAAUGAAGGUGAAGAAGUUCAAAUUGCCAUAAAAAAUUCCAAAUGCUUUAAAUGUGCCUGCGAGAAUGGUUUCGUUAAGUGCCACCAGGAAAGCUGUCCGCCCAUUGAUGAUUGUUAUUUGUUGGAAAAGAAAACCUCCGAUACAUGCUGCAAUAAAUGCAAAGGUUGCAUUUUUCGUGGAGUCCCCUAUGGCAGUGGCUCAGAAUGGACGGACCCUGAAGACCCGUGUAAAUCAUACAAAUGCGUUGGCAGUGUUGUUACAGAAACAAUAAUGAAAUGCUAUACACAGUGUGAUGACAGUCAAUUGACAAAACCAAAACCGGGAGAAUGUUGUCCAACAUGUCAAGGUUGCAAGAUCAAUGGACAAAUAGUUUUGGAAGGCCAAGAGGUUGUCGCCUCAAUCGAUGAUCGUUGUUUGGUGUGUCAAUGUACGGGUAAUCAAUUAAAGUGCGCCAAAAAAACAUGUCCUGUUCUACAAUGUCCCAUUUCAAAACAGAAACUACAUCCCAACGAAUGCUGUCCACGUUGUACCGAACAAAGGGAAUUUAUGCCACUACCAGGAAAAUGCAUUUUCAAUCAUAAAAUCUUCAAUGACAAAAUCCAAUUCAUGCCCGAUCGCUGCACAAACUGCACUUGCACGAAUGGCACCAGCAUCUGUGAGCGUAAAACCUGUCCCAUACUUGAAUGUUCACCCGAAUAUCAAGAGCUCGACGGUUGUUGUCCACGCUGUAUAACAUCGGAGGUGCGCAGUGAAUGCAUAUCGAAUGGUGUGAGUUAUCAAAAUAAUGAAACCUGGAAUUUGGGUCCUUGUCGUUCGUGUCGUUGUACAGCGGGUAAUAUACGGUGUUCGGAAAUGCGUUGUGCGGCCAUUAAGUGUCGCUCGAACGAGGAGCUGAAAGUGUUGCCGGGUGAAUGUUGUCCCAAGUGUAUAGAGACGGCUGGGACGUGUACCGUGUUUGGAGAUCCUCAUUUUAAAACAUUUGAUGGUAAAUUCUACAGUUUCCAGGGUUCGUGUAAAUAUUUGCUGGCUUCGGAUUGUCGUGAUCAUAGCUUUUCGAUACGACUGACUAAUGAUGGUCGGGGUACGAAUACCUCGUCAUGGACUAAAACGGUGACAUUGAAAAUGCGUGGCAUAAGAGUGAAUUUGGGCCAAAAGAUGCGAGUCAAGGUGAAUGGUAGCCGAGUGGUGUUGCCCUAUAGCCAGGGGGCCAUUACCAGCAUAGAACGUUUAAAGGAGAGUAUAAUACUGAAAACCGAAUUGGGUUUGAGCAUAGAAUGGGAUGGCAACAAUUAUUUGCAAAUCAUGGCUCCCUCUUCUUACAAACGCCGACUGUGUGGCUUGUGUGGCAAUUACAAUGGCUUGGCCCGUGAUGAUCUUACCAGUCGAGAUGGUGUCAAUCACACAGAGGUAUGGCGUUUUGCCAAUUCCUGGAAAGUAGGCGGCCCCAAGGCCUGUUCACGCAAAAAGGAAAAUAUAGCUGUUCAGCCCAUGUGUAAACAAAGAAAAACCAAUGCCUUGUGUCGUCCCCUGCGCAUUGCCGAAGUCUUUGGCAAUUGCAAUGAUCGCUUAAAUCCCAACAACUAUAUUGAUUCGUGUAAAAUGGACGUAUGUGAGUGUCCGGAAGGCAUGUGCCAUUGCGAUAGUUUUGCCGCCUAUGCACGCGAAUGCCAGCGUUUGGGGGUAACCUUGCCGGAUUGGCGUUCAUCUACCAUGUGUCCGUAUGGUAUGUGGAAGAGGGAUUUCAAUACUACACUACAUCUACUGCAGGACAAUCCCUACUAUGGUGACUUGAGUUUUCUGCGCAAGCCCAUGGCCGCCCAAAGGGCACAGCGUAAGCACAAAAAGGCACAACAUAAUUAUAAUGAAAUCCAAAGAAAUUUCAUUGACAAACAUGUACCGAAAGUUUUAUUAACAUCGAAGACUCCAGAUCGCACACCACUACCGUUACAUUGAACAGGUGGGAGAGGCAGAAAAAGAAAAAUCGGAAGUGAAGUGAAAGCGUUUUUCGGUGUGAGCAGAAAUAAGCGUUACGGUUUUGUUAACUAUACUCUAUUGUAAUAAUUAAAAAAUUUAAAUUAAACAAAAAUAGCUAUAGAUCAAAUUUUAUAAAAAUUUUCUCCUGCUAUGAUUAGGGAGCAAGGAAAUGGCUUGUAGCUGAAGUAAGGUCUCUGGAUCUAAAAAAAAGAAAAUUGAUUUCUCUCUCUAACAUUUCAUUGCAGUUCUAAAUCUAAAGAGCAUAUUUAUAUUUUUAUAACUGAUUCCUUUUCUAAGUAUACAAAAGAGAGAGAGAGAGAGAUAGAGAGUGAGACAAAGCUUUUAAAUAUAAAGUCAUUUCUUUCUCCCCUAUUUAACCCUAAAAAAAGAGAAAAAUUUAUUUUUCUAAUAACCUGAUUAUUAAGAGCAUAUUGCUUUUGUUGUAUAUUUCUUUUUUAUAUAAAUUAAUUUAAUUUUUUAAAAUUUAGCUUUUUUAGAAAAUUUUAUUUUGUUUAUUUUCGUUAAAAUGGCUCUUGUUUUUUAAACAACAUUCUGAAUGUAAUUUUUGUGAACGUUUUUCUAUCCUUUUUCCGAUUAAAUUUUAUAUGUAAAGUACUGGGCGUUGAACCUGCAAACAUAAGGUAUCAAAUUGUAUUUUCAAGAUCUAUCCCAAAUAGGAACUAGCUCUAUAAAGAGAAACAUUACAAAAUUGUACAACUUAUUCAUUAAUUAUAAAUCUCAUAAAAUAUGGACUUAUUUCCAAAAUUGUGUAGAUUUAAUUUAGUGCCAAAAAUAAGUUUAAAAAUAGGCCCGAAAUAGGCCAACAUUAUUUUUAGAAAUUAAAUUAUUUCACAUUUCUUUAAGUCAUUUAAAGGCUUGUUUCAAAGCUUUAAAGCUUGGCCAAUUGUUAACUGACAUUUUGAACUAUAAAUAUGUAUUUGUUCGAUUUUUAGUUUCAAGGAAACUAAACUAAAAGUAUAUCAAGUUUCAGUAGCUUUAUUUCAGAAUGCGGUUCUUAAUUCAGUUUAAAACCGUGAAUUAUAGUUGCACUACUAUUAAUUUAAUUUUUUAUUUAAAGGACAUGUUUCAACAUUUAAAAUUCUUUCAAGUUUCCAAAAAUUCUUAUGAAAGCAUCCAUCCGAUAGCGAACAGCAGCGAGAUGCGAUAUCACCUUUUCUCAAUCCAAUUUAAAAACUAUGGCUUCUUGAAAAUUUGGAAAAGCUUAAAAAUGUCUAAAAGUGUUUAUAACUUUAAAACUAUACAAUCUACAACUUUAAUAUUGACUUCGUUUUAUAUAGGUUAUGAAUACAUAUUAUUUAUUUCAAUAGUCAAAAGUCAUUUCUUGAGAUAAAAAAAAAAACUAGAUAUCUCUAAACAAUUUUCUAUGUUCCUGCAAAGUUUCAUAACCUUAUUUUAUGUGAAAGUUAUGAACCAAAAUGAAGCAAGUUUUUCCUACGAAAUAAUCUUAAAUCCAUUUUAGCUUAUGAUGUGGUCUAUUUUGAAACCCUGUACCUCUAUUAAUAUUUAAACAGGGUGGAUAGUAUCACACUCAAUAAUUUUCACCGAUUUAAAUCAAGUGCUGAUUUCAAUGGACCCACUAUAUGUCAAUUUGUGUUUGUUGGAUUAUUCAUAUGAAUUUUAUGGAUAAAC